AGCGUCUCCUGCCGACCGCGGGCUCCCGAGCGCUGAAAAUCCGUCGUGAUUUUUUUUUAUUUUUUUUUUUACUUUAUUUAUUUAUUUAUUUAUCGGCUCGAAACCGACUCCGCCGACACUCGGAGAGAAAGUAUUGUUGUUUUUUUUCCCCGCGGCAUAACAGCGAAGCGAUGGCGUCGUCAAACUAACGACUGAUAACACUGGGUCUACAGCGCUUCCCUGUGACCCAGCCUUCGCAUAAUUGGACCCAGUCAUGACAGGCCGUGAGAAGCUUCAGGCACCACCGUUCUGAAAGAGUAACCCUUCUGCCUGACUGAACCCCGACAGGUCUGUGCUGGAGUGAGGAAGGCAGAGAUGAAGGUGGUGCGGCGGAGAGACUCACACAGCCCGUUCUCUGAAAACUCAGACAAUGACUGUGAGGACGAAAGGGGCGCCGACUGCAGGAAGGCUGACGGAGUUUGCCUGUGUGAGAAGGGACCCUACUGCAAACAGCAUCCUCAAACGGAGAGCAGCCUGAAGUGCAGUGAAUGUGGUAAAAACAAGGCGAUAGUCGCCAGAUACUCUGAAGGCUACGGUACUGAGGAGGAGUGUGUGCAGUCUGAUCCUCAAGGAGAGAGUGAUGCAGAUGCAGACAUAGAGGAUACAGACAGCAGACUACAGGUGGUGGGUUCUCUUCAGCGAAUCAGCUCUCGCAAACGAAAGCGGCAGCGAAUCGCACGGCAGGACACGACAGAGAGUGAGGAUGACGGAGGGAGGAGCCACCGGACCCACCGCUGGAGCCUGAGGCUGAGCCCCCAUCGCACACACAACAGAACCAUAUUAGAGGAGAGCAUUUCUCAGGUAAGGCCGCUGGUGAUUUGUCGCUGUAACGCGUUAGAAACCCCGGCCGCCUCGGACAACAAGCCCCAAAGAGGAAGAUGGCUGCUGAAAGCUUGGCCUUUCUCUCUCUCUUUCCCUCUGUUCUUUCUCCUCAUCCUUCUUCCUGUCUCCAUAUCUAUCAUAAUUGUGUUCUUUUCAUUCCUUCUCCCACUUACUAACACCUGACACCCUCUGCGCCCCCCACGGUGCGCAGUCAUUUUUACUGUGUGGUAUUAAGUGUGCUCAGUGUUAUUAGAAGGUAUUGCACUAAAGCCUUGGAACUAAAGUGGUCGGCCUAUCAGGUCGUCCGAGUGGUCACCACGUCAUCUUUGAGUGAUACGUGUUAAUGGACAUUAGUUAUAUUAGUUAUUUUAUCUCUUUAUGUAAAAAUUUACGAACGUCUGCGUUUCCUUUAGGGCUCCUUUGAAGAAGACUAAUAAAUGACGUCCUUUACUGUCCGACAGAAAUGCUGUAAAUCACUGUUCCUUUCCAGUCUGUACUGCAACAUUUAGUAAAUAAUUAUGAUUUAACCCUUAGAAGUUGAGAGUUAUAACUUUUGCGCUAAGUUAGGGGGGCGGAGCACAACCUAACACUGUUCUUCGAUAAAUAAUUGAUGGAAUCUUUUAGUAAGACGAAUAUUAAUAAUUUUCCUUAAAGGUAUAUAUAUAUAGUACUGUGUGAAAGUUUUAGGCAUCUAAGCAAACAGGUGACCUCAGCAGUGAGUUUAUCACAAUAUACAUUAGAAUAAAGUCGUAUUCAUAAUUCAAAUAAACAGAA